UUGGACGAGAUGAGCUAGCUUCUUAGCAGAGGCUAUCUGGGGUCACAUUUGGUCUGCUGGUGAUCGAGAUUGUUCUGGAAUAUUUUUUGUACCAACUUUUGAAGCAAUGCUGUUUCAAAUUGCCCUUUUUUGCUGUUUUGCAGCAUUUCCAUUCUCAAAUGCUGGGAAUGAUGACUACGUUUUCGAAGCGUUGCUAAAAGCCAAGCCACUAUUUCCUCAAAUCAAGCCUCCAGAUGUGGUCAAAAUUGAUGAAGAAAUUAAUCCCUCAAAAGUAGAAUUGUAUGAAGAUUUGUCUCAUUUUCUUCCUUCUCGAGGCAGCAGUGAUUGUAGCUUCAACAAGACGGAUUUAAAGGCUGGAGAUUACGGUACAAUUACAACGCCAAACUAUCCAGAUAAUUAUCCUGGAGGUCGAUCAUGCCAAUGGUACUUGGAGAGCGAGGAAGACACCCGAAUCGAAGUGACCGUUUUUGAUCUAUUCACUCAGCCGUGGUUCUUCACCUACUUUGACUAUGUUCAGUUCUCCACGGAUGGAAACUUUACAAAUGCUGAACGAAUGUCGGGAGACUUGAAUGCCAGAACACCAUUCACAAUCGCGUCGCAAGAAAACAAAUUGGGAGUGCGAUUCAGGUCGUCAACUCUUUUCAAUUUCCGAGGAUUGAAAUUGCACUAUCUGGUUAAGCCAACUGACCCUGCAAAAUUGGAUGAAAUACGGAUUUCUUCAUACGAUGGCGUUUGUGGUCAAUCCCAGCUCUUAUUCGAGGAUGACGAAACAACUCAGAGACCGCUGUUGCCUGGAGUGGUUCCAGAACUUCCAAUUUUAGCUCCUGGAAGAUCAACAACGCCUUCCGCAAUCAGACACGUCUUGGGAGAGGCUACCACCCAUCGUGGUCCUGCCUGGUUGCCACCAUCUUUAACCGUUCACAUUCCAGUUUUUGGCAGUGUGGCUGAAGGACAAACAAACCAGGAAUCAGGCAAUCCCAAGAUUAUUGGUCCCGGUCAAGCUCCCGCAGGUGCAUUCCCCUGGAUGGCUGCUCUGUUGAUUGACGGCAGGAGUUUUUGUGGGGGCAGUCUAAUCGAUAACUACCACGUGUUGACCGCGGCUCAUUGCACAGAUGGGGCUACCAAAAUAAACGUCGUUCUUGGGACAAACAAUCUCAAAACGCCAGACGAAGGAAGACUUCUCUUCAAUGUCACUCGAGAAGGAAUUUUCCAACAUCCAAAAUAUAAUCCGAGCACGGUUGCUUAUGAUAUUGCCGUGAUCCGACUCCCAGAACGUGUUGAAUUCACUGAAAAAGUCCGACCAAUUUGUCUUCCAAACCGAUACCACAAUGCUGAGACAUUCCAAAGUCAAUUGGUUCGAGUUUCCGGAUGGGGAAAGCCAGCCGAUAAGGCCGUUUCAGUCAGCCCAGUUUUGAAAAAUGUUACUAUUGCGGUCAUGUCGAAUAGACAGUGCAGAGCCAUAUUCCGUCACAUCAUUUCCGGAAAUAACGUGUGCACGGCCACGAAAACAACCGUCGCUCCUUGCCGGGGAGAUAGCGGUGGGCCCCUUAUCAUUAGGCAGCAGUCUCCGGAUGGGACCCCGUACUACAUGCAAGUUGGAAUCGUCUCAUUUGGCGGAACCUCCUGCGAACGGGCUUAUCCGGUUGGAUACACCAGAAUAUCUGCGUUUAUCGACUAUUUGUCCACCAUCACGGGGAAAUCUAUUUAGAUUAAGGACGAGACAACAAUAGAAACUUUUAUGUGGAUGCGACUAAAUUAUAAGAAUAAUAAAAACAUGAUUAUGACGUACAAAUAAAUUCCGUUCACCUGAA